AUGAAACUGAGCCAAGCAACUGAACACUAUAAAACACUUAAGAAUAAGUAUAAGGGAUACAUUGAUACAUGGGAUUCAAUAUAUAAAUUGGAUACAGAUGAAAUAGAUUCAACAACAGGAUUGUACCAAGAAAUCAAGAACAACUUGAUUGAUACUGGAUAUUUUACACCAAAAGAGAUGAUUCGUCUGAUUGGAGAUAUUUGCAAACAGAGUUUGCAUUAUCGUCAUGGGUACAUAGAGUUAAUGAAGAGAAUAUCCGAAGGAUAUCAAUGCAGUGACAUUUAUAAUAUCUCAUUUCUUUCACAAUAUGAUGAUAUUAAAAUAAAUACACCUGAAUAUGCAAUAAUGAAUGAUAACGAAGAUGAAUUAUUGUAUCACUUGAAAAGUAAGAGAUUGAAUCUCACUGAAAUUCUAGAAAAAUGUUGUUUAAGAGGAGCAGUUAAUUGUUUCAAGUUAUUACAAAAAGAAUUUGACGUAGAAAUCACAAAAGCAUGUCUUGAUGCUUCAUUUAUAGGGAACAAUCGAUACAUCAUUAAUGAAUGUUUGAAAGAAAAUGUGCCUGAUAUGAAAACAACGAGAGCUGCAAUUGCAUCUCAUAACUUCGGUAAUUUAUAUAUGUUGUUGAACGAAUACAAUGCAGCUAUCAAAUUGAAGGAUUGUUACAAAUACAAAAAUCUUCAUGCAUUUAUUUAUCUUUUAGAUAAAUAUGAAGUUUUCAACACUAUGUUUCUAUUAUCUCCAAGUUUUCAUAUACCAUCUCUUUAUGAAUAUAUGAUUCAGAAUGGUGCUGAUAUUAAUUAUGUGGAUGAAUACGGUGUAACGUGUCUUUUUUUGCAGUGGUUGAAAAUCAAACAGAUAUUGCAUUAA